CCCAUUCCGGUUUGACUGCAUCGCGUCGUGGCCGUGGACUUUGAUUGGAGAGCUGGCCGGAGAGACGCGACAGCGAGCGUUCUUGCACAACCCUUCAGCGUGAAGUUGCAACCAGCUGCUCCCAGAUAACUUUUUGAAUGAACCGAUUGGAGACUGGAGAUAGAACCCCUAAAACACAAUGCACUUUUUAACUUCAGCGUUGUAAAAAUCAAGAGCUUUGUUUCAUUUUUUUUUCAUUUAUAUAUAUAUUUUUUCUUCAGAUUGCAUAAAUUUGACUCUGUUCAACCCCUAUCAUUUGCACUUUCAGAAGCAACACGCCUCCGAAUACUAUUAAAGAUGAAGAUACCGCAACCGGUCUGGGUUUUUAUGCUCUCGCUGUCGGCCAUUCCAAUAACCUACGCGGUAAACAACAUCCCUGCUUCUGAAGAUCCCUUCGCUAUACUGGGAAUUGGAGUGGCUGUACUGGUGGUGCUUUUUUUUCUGGUGUGCUUUGCCGCCCGCAGCAAUCCUCCACAAGACCCCCUCUUCUACAUGUUCACUGUUUUCUCGUUCACGUGUGUCAUUGAUCUGAUCAUCUCUCUGGAACAAGACGGCUUCAUCAGCGGCUUCAUGGACUUCUACAUCAAGGAGGGAGAGCCCUACCUGCGCACUCCUUAUGGGAGGAUGAUCUGUUACUGGGACGGCACGGUGCACUACGCUCUGUACCUCAUGAUGGUGACAAGGAUAUCAAAGAGACAGGGCUACCGCAGCGCCGGUCUCUACUGGCUGGGCUCCAUCCUUCUCAGCAUGUUCGUCUUCCUGGCCGGGAACAUAGUCGGUAAAUACGGCUCUGACAUCCGUCCCGCCUUCCUGCUGAACAUCCCCUUCCUCUUCCUGCCAGUGUGGGCGGGGAUGAAAGUGUCUGAGAAGCCCCGGACACUGACGCCCAGAACCGCCGCCGAGGUUGCUGUUGAACAGCAGAAGCUGCCUCAUCAGCGCCCCCUAGAUCUGCUCCUGCUCAUCUUCCUGCUCUCUGCAAUCGCGUACACCCUCUUCAGAGGAUUCGUGGCCCUCGAUUGCCCUUUAGAGUCUUGCUUCAACUACAUCUACCAGUACGAGCCCUACCUGAAGGAUCCCGUAGCCUACCCCAAGGUCCAGAUGCUGGUGUAUCUGUUCUAUGCGUUGCCCCUGCUCUGUCUCUUUGUCUACGGGCUGCUGAAGCCUGGUUGCAGCUGGAUGCUGGACUGGACCCUCGUCUUCGCAGGAGCUGUAGCCCAGUCUCAGUUCACACACAUCGGGGGGUCCCUGCACCCCUGGACCCCCUACACAUACCGGGUCCCCGAGGAGACGAUGUGGCCCUUCCUGCUGAUGAACCUCCUGUAUGCUGUGGGACCCCAGAUCCUGGCCCUGCGCUGCCUGAUGCACCCCGAAUUCUUCCUGAGCCCCGCGGCCCUCAGAGAGGCAGACCAAGACAAGAAGCACAAAUAACUGCAGAGAGGACCUCCCCUCGCUUCUGUGGACUGGACUUCGGAGUCACAGUCAUUCACUGUCUGAGAUCAGUGGAUCUCAAAUGGGGCUCGGCAAUCCCUGUAGUCUCCAACUGGUUAAAGAGUAAAAUGUAUUGGCAUUCAGAACUUCAACCACCCAAACAACUUGAACAAUGAUCACAUUAUUAGCUUUAACCUUCACAUAGAUAUUUAAAAAGGUGUUAUUAUUAUUAUUAUUAUUAUUAUUAUUAUUAUUAUUAUUAUUAUUAUUAUUGUUGUUGUUGUUGUAGGGAGUUUUGGUUCUUAGAUAUUUCAUGUGUAUAAUGGUUUAAUUCAGUUAGCAGUCUUAGUUACAAAUCUCUCCCAUAUGAGCUCAAGAUUGCCUGGAAACAAUUGCACAAUAAAGCAUGCAACACUUUUCUAUCUUUUAAUUAAUGUUAUCAAAAGUUUGUAAAUAAAAUGCGGUACAAAAGUAGGAAAGAAGGUUGAUCUCAAAAAUUGGAUAAGGGUGUCUGCUAAGAAAUUAAUAAUAAUAAUAAUAAUAAUAAUAAUAAUAAUAAUAAUAAUAAUAAAAUAGCAGAAAUCAGCACCUUCAUCUCGGAAAGCAAGAAUGGUCAUGCAGCAUCUGAGUUCAAUGUAAUGUGAAAGAUAGAAAAACAUUAAUGGGCUAUAAUUUGUCUACUCUGUAAGAACGGAUUAUAUUCUCAAAUCAGUAACAUAACCUCUUGCGUUAUCUCUGCACCCCUGCACUAGAAAUUGUCAUUUUAACCUUUGUCAGGGUGCUGGAGUGCAUGCCCUGUUCUUGUAAAACCGGAUCUCUGUUCUAAAAAGGUGCACACCUAAACUUCAAACAUGCUUGUCAAGGCACGUUUCUGCAGAGCACAGUUACACCAGUAUCAAAGGUUGACCAUGAUAAGUGUGCGCUGUGAUUCACGUCUUUGCCAUGCUUUACCAAGACUCUUUGUAGUUUUAGAGGGAUUCUGUUUGAUUGUUUUGUUUUUUAUUUGCAUGAUAUUGGACAUGAAGUGCCUGCAGGUGUGAUAUCUGCUCCUAAUAAAAUCCCGACCUUGAUCAACCUUUAAAA